UUCGGCGCCGCAUCAAGUCGAACAAGCCUUUGGACUUUUUUAAACGUAGGCUAAUUGUCAAGGCGAUAGCCUAUUAAGAAACCGCGCCCACAUUAACACCUAAUUAUGUGGUAAUUGCUGAACUAAUUGAAUGCGACACCUACUGAUUCAAUGAAAGUUAGAGGCUCAAUAUAAACUGAAGAAAAAGUUCAUUUUUGAAGGUAUUCGCUGAAGAUCCAAGCGCACAUGAUGGUUAACGCAGUGAACGGAGUAUACAAAAAUCUGCCGACAUCUAGUGGCGUUAAAAGAGGCAGAAACAAAAAUUAUGCUACUGGAACAUACAUAAAGCUUGUUGCAUGUGUAAUUCAAGAUUCACCGAACAGGAUGCUCCCAUUUAAACAGAUUAUGAAAAAGCUGGAACCGUCUGUUUUCGGAGACCGAAAGAGUAUUGAGAACAACAUCAGAGUCUGCCUGUCAGCAAACAGCUGCUUUACAAAGGUACCAGUCGAUCCACAAUAUCCAAAUGCCACAAAGAACUAUUGGAAAGUGGACGAGAGCGGUAUUACUCAAAAAAUGCUUCGCCGUCAUUUCAACGGCAUAAUCGACAUGUUUCCGGAGCUAUCCCAUCGUACACUCCAGAGGGAUAAAUGUGGAAAUGCUGUUGUUCUUCAGCCAAUUCAACCAAUUUGCAAUGUUCCCACAAACAAAAGUGAGGUGAAGUUUACAGGCCCCUUUUCGAUAGCCUCCAUAUUGCGACCCCAAAGUGAUGCAAAGCAUGUGUUUGAAGGGCCGUUUACCAUAUCAAGAAGACGCACACUGUGCUAUGACCAGUCUAAAACCCGUCAGUGGCUGUAGAACAACAGAUUUGUAUUCCUUUAACUCCUUAGGAUGUGACUUCGACACGGUGGAAAGCUCACGGCUGUUUACAGAGUCACACUGUGGACCCCCAGUGUCUUCACAAUUUUCGUUUGACGACUGUGUUCUCCACAGCAACUUUU